AUGAAUGGAAUGACAGUCAAACCUUUCAAAAUCGUACAUAUAUGGGGGGGCGGCUAUGCUUCUCAUAACCUUUUGGGAACUAGAACCGGCGUUAAUGAUAUUUCGAUUAAUUAUUCUUGUGACCGUAGGUACUGUGCAAACGCAGCGCUAUGGGGCACUGAUUUAUAUGGGUUCUACACUACACCAACUAAUGUCACAUUAGAAAUAACUGGUUAUUUUUUGGCACCACAAAAUGGAUCAUACACAUUGAGUUUACCAUCUAUUGAUGAUUCCGCAAUUUUAGAGUUUGGAGAUGGAGCUGCAUUCUCUUGUUGCAACCAGGACGCAGCUCCACUUGUGCACACUGAAUUUACUAUUAAUGGGAUUAAACCAUGGGGUGGCGCGGUGGCAAGAGCAUCUUCAACAACAACUCUGACAGCAGGUAUCUACUAUCCACUGAGAAUUGUUUACUCCAAUGCAAGAACAGACGCAAGACUAUCUCUAGUUGUUACACUUCCUGAUCAAACAACCGUGAGAACCUAUGAAGGAUUGAUAUACUCUUUCGCGGAUUCUCCGGAACAAGAAGAUUGUAGUGUGAUUUAUCCGGAGACCACCACCUCGUACACAGCAUGGACAGGAUCUUCCACAGUUACUUACUCCACUCAGACAACCGAAACCGUCGGCUCUGAUGGCAGAACGACACCUGAAACAAUUUAUCACGUCGAGACACCUGCACUUGUGUCCACGUCGUACACAGCAUGGACAGGAUCUUCCACAGUUACUUACUCCACUCAGACAACUGAAACCGUUGGUUCGGAUGGUCUAACGACACCGGAGACUAUUUUCCAUGUCGAGACACCUGCACUUGUGUCCACCUCGUACACAGCUUGGACAGGUACGUUCACAAGCACCUACGCAACAUCCACUGGUAUAUCCACUGGCAGUGACGGUAUUGUGACUACUGAAACAUUCUACUACGUUGAAACACCAAGUGCUCAAACUGCUUCUACAAGUUACACAGCAUGGACCGGUUCUUUCACAAGCACCUACGCAACAUCCACGGAAAUCUCCACUGGCAGUGACGGUGUUGUUACCACUAAGACUGUCUACUAUGUCGAGACACCAUCUGGAAACGCUGCAACCACAAGUUACACACCAUGGACUGGUACGUUCACAAGCACUUACGCCACAUCCACUGAUGUGUUAACGGGUAGCGAUGGCGUUGUUACCACUGAAACUUUCUACUAUGUUGAAACUCCAGGGUCAGCUUACUAUGGUAACAGUACGCAGAGUACGAUUUCAAGUACAGUUUCAACCUCCAAGGAGCCAGCAAGCUUUGUCUCAAGUACGGUAUCUACAACCCCGAAGAGCGCCACAAGUUCACCAUCGUCGGAAACCGGAGGCGAUAUUAGCAGCACUAAGACAACAGUGAACUCUGACAGCUCUUCAUAUUUUGCCUCAACAGCCAGCCCAUACACAAAGUCUGCAGCAUCAAUCGCCACAAGCGGUAACAGCAAGUCUGUGGUUACUACCACUGUAAAUGGUAUGGUGACUUCAUACACUACGAUAUGCCCAGCUUCUGACAGUACCUCCAAGGAGUCUGUCAUAACAGCUAGCUCACAAUCAGGGUCUGCUGCAUCAAGUGUGACAAGUGGUAACAGUAGGUCUGUGGUUACCACUACCAUGAACGGUAUGGUGACUUCCUACACCACGACAUGCCCAGAAUCCGACAGUGUCUCUUCUCAGUCAACAACCAUUUCCGAUAACCAUUCAGAACAUACUUCUAGUCCUAACGCUGCUUCAGAUAGUAGUGCUACUCCUGAGAAUGAAACAGCUUCCCCAGCACCAGAAAAAGCUUCAAGCAAAGGUUUUUCUGUCUAUUCAACCACACAAACUCCUCAAUUUACCAGUGAAGCUUCAAAAAGCGGAGCUCCAAAAGAAUCGGUUGCGACGACAACAUCAAAGCCAAACGGCUCGUCCAACAGUGGAAGUGAAACAUACAUACAGUCAACAUCUGUCACAGUUCCAAGAACUACGGAUUUUGCUGGCUCAACUGUGGUCUCAAACACCCUUUUGAGUGAGACCUCUGCGCCGCAGUCACCACAAACUGUUUCUCCACAGUUGAGCACUUCAACAAGAGCCCCACAAUCAUUGUCAACUCUUUCUGUUUACGAAGGUGUGGCCAACAGACUCAGAGCUGGUGUUCUAUUUGCUCUACCACUCGCGUUCCUAUAG